GUAACCAAAAAAAGGUUGUCAAAAACAUUUUCGCGAACGCGAUUUACGAUUUCGGUGGCCGAAUUUUCAUUUUUAUUCGCGGCUUGAGUGGAAAUUUUCCGAUUUCACAAUCUUUUCUCGGCGGCGCAAUAAAUACGGUUCGGACAAUGUCGUGCGUUAAAAUUUUCUCCAUUGUCAAGCAAGGUAACCGGCUUAUCCGUCCGGUGAGUAGCGUGGCCAUUCGUAGCUGCAGCAGCAACCCCGCGAAACCGGACAUCAAGCCGGAUGAAUUUUACUAUGUGAACAACAAAGACCCGAGCAUGGAGAUGACCGACAUUACUGAUCGGGCAGCUCAAACGAUGUUUUGGACGGAACUGUUCCGUGGAUCGGCCGUCACACUGGCUCACAUUUUCAAGGAACCGGCCACCAUUAACUAUCCGUUUGAGAAGGGACCGUUGAGCCCUCGGUUUCGCGGUGAGCAUGCCCUCAGACGUUAUCCGAAUGGCGAGGAGCGGUGUAUUGCUUGUAAGCUUUGCGAAGCCAUCUGCCCGGCCCAGGCAAUUACCAUCGAAGCCGAGGAGCGAGCCGACGGAAGUCGCCGUACGACCCGUUACGAUAUCGAUAUGACCAAGUGCAUCUACUGUGGAUUCUGUCAGGAAGCUUGCCCGGUAGAUGCCAUCGUCGAGGGACCGAACUUUGAAUUCUCGACCGAAACCCACGAGGAGCUGCUGUACAACAAGGAAAAGUUGCUGUGCAAUGGAGACAAGUGGGAAUCUGAAAUCGCUUCCAACAUCAAUGCGGACUAUCUGUAUCGUUAGUCUGGCCGAGGAAGUUAUGCUAGUGCGGGACUGAAGCUUAAAAUGGUAUAGAUGAUUUUUGCUAUUGUUUUGUCAAGCUGCGAAUGAGUGUUUUCCAGUACAUUUUGAAGACACAUUUCAAAUACCUAGCGUAGCAAAGAUGUUGAUGAAUGAUAGCAUUAAAAUUAAUAAUUAUCGUUCUCCAACAA